AUUUAUUGAUUUAAUAAAACGUAGUACGCCUAGAAAGGUUAAAAAGUUUUAAAAUUUAGCUGCUAUUUAUAUACAUUUGAAAAUGUUAUAAAUUAGUAAUUAGAAACUGUUUAAAUAGUUGAAUAAUUUAUCAUAAUAUUAGUAAAAUACAUUAUUUGAUUAAUUGUAAUAGUUACAAUUAGAGAUGAAUGCUUCCGAGUUUUUUUACAAUUUAAAAACUAUAAGAUCAUUUGAUUUAACCCAAAUAGUUAUCGGUAGUCUCCCACCUCUUAUUUUAUAUCUUCCAAACAAAGUUUUAGCUACCUUUGACAGAGCUCAUUUGUGAUGAAAUUAGUCUUCUUGUGCAUAUUGUGCUGUCAGUAUUUACUACAACCUUGCUUAAAGUAUGGAACGAGGGAAACAUUUAGUUGAGUUGGCUAAGCGACAAUUACUUCAAGACGACAAUUAUAUAUCAUCAAGGAAUGGAUCUGCAUCUCCUUCUGUUGAGAAAGAGGUUUAUGAUCCAUAUGAGUUCGUAGAAAGUGAGAAAAGUGCUUCUCAUAUUUCUCCAUCAGUGGGUUCAGAUUCUGGCAUUAAUCCAAAAAAUACAAGUGAAAAUUUAUCUGAGAAACCUGACAUAGAGCUGUUCUCAGGAAAUGAAAAUGGGCAAAAUAUUUCGGACUAUUUUUACACUAACGUUACCGAUAUACAAGCACUUGAAAAUGAGUUAAUUUCAAAAAAUUUGAGCUGUCAAACAAAUAUAAACAGUCACUGUCGGCGACCACACACUUGAAUCUUUAGAAAAUUUAUCUUCAGGCAGUGAAUACUCGCCUUCUGUAGACAGUGAAGAGAAAACGUCCAGCGAUAAUAGCGAGACUGAUGAAAUUAACAAACCAACAGAGCAUUUAGAGUUACCCGAGAUUGAUCCUGUCAGAAGUGUUGAUAAGCAACCUGUGAAUGUCAACGGAAAACUGGAUAAUGUUGUUUGUUGUCCUUAUUGCUUCGAGGAGGUGGGACAUUUCGCAAGACAUUUGAAUAGAAAACACGGAGAUGAAGAAACUGUUAAGAAAAUUUUAACUCUUAAAGUAGGAUCCAAAGAGAGGCGAGAUGCCUUCUUGGCUUUACGGAAAAAAGGAAAUUUUGUACUUUUGCAGCAAACUAAUGAAUUGAAGCCUGUCCGUUUACCAAAUAAGACUUACGGAAAGUUUCAAGACAACAAAGUGAAUGCAGAUGAAUAUUUUGUAUGUGUUUACUGUUUAGGAUACUUUGCAAAAUCUUAUUUGUGGA